CACCUCACUAGCCCUCCCCUAGCCCUGAAUGGGAUCCCUCACCUCACUAGCCCGCCCCUAGCCCUGAACGGGAUCCCUCACCUCACUAGCCCGCCCCUAGCCCUGAAUGGGAUAUCUCGCCACCACCACCGCUCUGGCAUCGACUCGCUGCUGCUGUGUAAGCAUCGACAAUCAUUCGCAGUCUGAAAGCAACGUUUUGAUUUUGCUCUCCUCGAACAGUUGGAGAGCAAACCGCGUCAAACCGCUCAUGGUUUGACGUCAAUCUUCCGGCGGCUGGCCAUUGGAAAAACAAUUCCGUAGCGUCUCCCGAUAACCUUCGGCCUAGGCCAUGGGGGGGUCCAAGAGCAAGGCGAAGGACGCGGGCCAGCGCACGCGGAGCAUCGACGACAACCUCACCGCGGGGGGCGGAGUCGGAGGCCACCACCUCAACCCCAACCAGCAGUCCGUGACGCCCAAUCGGAUCUCGGGGGCGGGGGAUGGAACCUCCAUGCGUGGCAGUCAGCCGUCGGCCAAUAAGGCGGAGAUGGCGCUGUUUGGGGGCGUGGACACCAGCAACGCCGCCUCCCCGAACAACAGAUGCACGCUAUCAGGGGGCGUGACGACCUUUGUGGCGUUAUACGACUACGAAUCCCGGACGGCCUCCGAUCUGUCCUUCAGGAAGGGCGAACGCCUGCAGAUUGUCAACAACAUGAGGAAGGUAAACAGCAGAGAAGGGGACUGGUGGCUCGCUCGCUCGCUCAACACCGGAGAGAGCGGAUACAUCCCCAGCAACUAUGUGGCUCCUUCAGACUCCAUCCAGGCAGAAGAUCAUAUCAGACUGACCAUGGAGUCCAGGUGGUACUUUGGUAAGAUCACGCGUCGGGAGUCGGAGAGGCUUCUGCUGAGUUUGGAGAACAGGAGAGGAACGUUCCUGGUGCGAGAGAGUGAGACGACCAAAGGUGCCUACUGUCUGUCUGUCCUCGACUACGACAACACCAAAGGGUUGAACGUGAAACACUACAAGAUCAGGAAGCUGGACAGCGGCGGCUUCUACAUCACAUCACGCACGCAGUUCACCAACCUGCAGCUGCUGGUCAACCACUACCGCAAGCACGCAGACGGCCUGUGCCACUCUCUGUCGGACGUGUGCCCCAUCCUGAAGCCCCAGACCCAAGGGCUGGCCAAGGACGCCUGGGAGAUCCCUCGGGACUCGCUGCGGCUGGACCUCAAACUGGGCCAGGGCUGCUUUGGAGAGGUCUGGAUGGGAACGUGGAACGGCACGACGCGCGUGGCCAUCAAGACCCUGAAGCCGGGCACCAUGUCCCCCGAGGCCUUCCUGAUGGAGGCGCAGGUCAUGAAGAAGCUGCGGCACGAGAAGCUGGUGCAGCUGUACGCCGUGGUGUCGGAGGAGCCCAUCUACAUCGUCACCGAGUACAUGGGCCAAGGUAGUUUACUGGACUUCCUGAAGGGUGACAUGGGUAAAAUGCUUCGUCUGCCUCAACUCGUCGACAUGGCGUCACAGAUUGCGUCUGGGAUGGCGUACGUGGAGCGGAUGAACUACGUGCACAGAGACCUGCGGGCGGCCAACAUCCUGGUGGGGGACAACCUGGUGUGCAAGGUGGCCGACUUCGGCCUGGCGCGGCUCAUAGAGGACAACGAGUACACGGCCCGCCAGGGAGCCAAGUUCCCCAUCAAGUGGACCGCCCCAGAGGCGGCGCUGUACGGCCGCUUCACCAUCAAGUCGGACGUCUGGUCGUUCGGGGUGCUGCUCACUGAGCUGGCCACCAAGGGCAGGGUUCCCUAUCCAGGCAUGGUGAACCGCGAGGUCCUGGACCAGGUGGAGCGCGGCUACAGGAUGCCGUGCCCAGCCGAGUGCCCUGAGUCCAUGCACGAGCUGAUGGGAACCUGCUGGCGCAAGGAGCCCGAGGAGAGGCCCACCUUCGAGUACCUGCAGGGCUUCUUGGAGGACUACUUCACCUCCACCGAGCCCCAGUACCAGCCCGGGGAGAACCUCUGAGGACCCUGGUUGUGUGUCUGUGUGUGUGUGUAUGGGGCAAAGAAAGAGGGAGAGAGAGAGGCGUAAGGAUAUGUGCAUGCACACAUGUAUAAACUGAGAGAGGCAGGGAGAGAGAGGGAGAGAGAGACCAUGCGUCAUCCAUUUUCACAAUCUGCCUCUCUCUCUCUAGGGAUACCAUUGUUAGGUUCACCUCUGACUUCCAAAUGAGUUGUGUGGCGUUCCCCUCACUAUCGUAUUAUCAUUUGGAGGCCCAUCGUACAUUACACUGUGUUUGCUUGCGCGUCAAGCUUUAUUAAGGAGGUUUCGACAAUGGAGCCAAGAAUCCUUUAUUAUAGAUUUUUUAAGGCGCCUUCAUGGUACUUCAGACCUGGGGAUUUCUACCUGGUAGACGGGUUAAAACCCUGCGCCUGAUUUUGACACACGUGGGAAGAUUUCCAGACGUGUGCAUUAAAAGACGACGACGGGGGGUUGCUUAAGAGAUGAGGAACUAUCAAUGUCCUGCUGAAAGUUUCAUUUCAGGAUCAUGUUUGAAACUCCAAACAGUUGUAUAUUAACUUUGUCUUCCAAUUAGGAUCAUAAAACUAAAGCAGCAUCCAAUUUUCAUGAAACUUAACUAAACCAUUUUUUUGGUUUAUGUGUGAAAACUGUAUAGACUUUUCACAUUUUGAUUUAAUCAGUGUAGGUGGGGUUUAUACCUGGAUCAACUGGAGUGUUCUUUGAGGUAAAGGUUGGUUUAAUAUUUGUUUCUAGAAGCAUCCAUGACUGUGCACCACUGAGGAUAGUAAUUUGGUAAGUCGUACCUGCUGUGAGGUUUGGAAUGAGGCGGACAUGGGCCUGUGUACAACUUAUUCAACUGAACAUGCAGUCACCCUGGAUGGAUCUCCAGGACUUGGACCAGUGUAACAUCCAACAGGGAGAAGUUAAGCCCAUCCUCUUCUACUCCUGUCUCUAACACAAGGAACUGACUACUGAUCACCGGUGCUCUUCUCAGCACAGGGGAGAGGACCAGAACAUUGCUGCUCUUUUGUACACUGUUAAAAGUUAAAGGUGUAUUUUUAUGACUUUGAGCUUUACUAACCGUGGGGUCUGACUCUGGCACGACAAGGGGAGGUGGGGGAUUCUUAUCCAAUCUUAUUCCACCAUGUUCUCUCAUGGCUUGUUGCGGAGAGUUUAUACCAAACGGAUAUGAGCUCACUUCAUAAUACAAGGAUCUUUUGACAAGAGCUUCCAAAUUGUCUAUUGUGGAAACAUUGUUUAAUAAACCACUUCUGCUAAAUUCAAUGACUCCAAAUGAUCAAAUAAUAACAAAGCAUUUAACCAAUAAGCAUUUUGGAUGUGGUAUUCCUUUAAAGAUAAAAUUUACUCAAACAUACAUCUAUCUCAUCAAAUUGAGCCAGGGGAUUUCAUACUUAAACAAGUUGGUACAUGCUAUUCCCUAACCCUAUAGUUAGUGCUCUGCCCUAAACCUUACCCAUUUUCCUUCCCUAACGCUGUAGUUGGGGCUCUUUCCUCACCCUAACCCUCUAGGUAUCGCCCAUUCCUAAUGCUAUUCCUCUUUCCUCACCCUGAAUUAGUGCUCCAUCCUAACCCUGACUGUCUUCCCUAACCUUCAGUUAGUGCCCUUCAGUCUGAGCUUAGUAUUUGGAUACUCUUUCAAUUCAGAAUGAGAAGUAUAUUUUAAAUCCCUAAUCAAAUUGAUUUGUUACCCGCAUAAAGUAGGGGCAGACCCUUCUUGGUUCUUCUUGUGGUGCGGAUGUUCAUGUAUCAUUGCAAUGCUCUUAUUUAUUCUGGGGGGGUAAGCCAGAAAUCAUUUUCCAACUUGCAUAGGAGAUGAUUGGCCUUUCAGAAAAAAAGGCAUUGUAAAUGUAUUGCUGAUACAUUGUAAAUAUCACCUUUAUCUUUAUUUAUUCCUUCAGAAAUACCUUCAUUCGUGUUUUUCUUUCUUGGUAUUAUAUUGUAGCCCUGGAUAUCAUCUCAGGGUACCUGAUCGAAAAAAAGAAACAUAUUAGCAACACUUUCUCUGAACAGUAUUGUUUUCAGACGUAUUCAGGCAUUCAUGUUUAGCCGGUGAAAAGAUGUGCUUAAUGCAUUUGGCCCCAUUUUCUGUACCAUUCAUCCCGUUAAUUUACAUUCUUUCAAAACAUGUAUUACAUCGUUGUGGUUUUUUUCCCAGAUAUUUAUAAACUUAUUACCAGCUUGUCUAAUCCUACUUACAAGGCAUCCCAUCAUCGGUUUCUUUGAGUUCAGGAAACAAACAAAAUAACACUAUUGUACUAGCAUGGGGCGCAUGUAUUUUAUCAUAUGGUGCAAAAAAUGUCACCACUGGGAUCCAGGCUUGUAUUCUUCCUGUAGGAAUGACGACCCGUGUAGGUAAGAGGCAGUGCUGGAAGAACGUAGAUCAGGCCAUCAUUCAUUCAUUGGCUUGUCUGUUGUCCCCAGACAAUCGACCAUUCUCUUAUCUAUUUAUUAUUUCCUGGGCCUUAUCAAUGAGCACGUCCCAGUCUGAAGGAAGAGAAAAAAAUAUCUAUAUUUUCUAAUUAUGUGUUCAAUGGAAACAGUUCCUGAAAUAUUAUUAUCUAUGCAGUUAUUUUUACAAUCUGUAAUAUAUUAUACAUCCCCUUUUCUACUGCAUUCAAUGGGAAUUUAAAGAUUUUCUCUGUAAAAUACGUUUUGUUUAAAUCUUACAGUUACAAUGUUGGAAUAAAUUGGUUUAAUGACAAA